CAAAAGGCCGAAGCUUUACUAUCGGUGUAGAAGUUUGAACCCGAGCGUUCUUCAGUUAUGAAAGCUGCUCUUUUGAGAGCCGGUUCGGUUCCGGUCCCGUCUCCGGCUCUGUGCAGUUCGCCCAAAGUUUCUCUUUCUCGUCAAAGUUCGAUCGGCGGGAUUUACUCCUGUGAGAGAGCCGGCUGCUCCCCUUGUUCUCCGAUAAUCUCGUUGCAUUUCCCUAUGAAUAAACGGAAGCCGAAGGAGACUCACACGCAUAUGAGGCGAGCGUUGUCCGAUACUGAUAUCAUUAGAUCGGAGUCUCGGAUUCCCGGCGGAUCUCGGUGUUUUCGGGCGGGGAUACCGGAGGAGGAGUAUUUGUCGGAUGGUGAAGUAGGCAGGGAGUUUCGAACGUUGGUGACGGGAAAAGGAAGUGAUCGGGCGAGUUUCGAGUCAAUUUGGCCGGAAUUCGGGAUCUCGAUGGAGGAGAUUGGGUUCUCCGGUGACGGGUUCGGAAAUGGCGGGAAAUCCGGCGGUGAUCACGGAGAUGAUUCGUUCGGUGAUGAGAGCAAGAUCGGCGAUUAUUAUAGGGAAAUGUUGAAACUAAAUCCCAGCGACUCUCUUCUGUUGAGAAACUACGGCAGGUUCUUGCACGAGGUGGAAAAAGAUAUGGAGAGGGCGGAGGAGUAUUACGGGAGAGCGAUAUUAGCGAGUCCUGGAGAUGGAGAGGUUUUGUCUUUGUACGGAAAGUUUAUCUGGGAGAGACACAGAGAUGAAACCCGAGCCAAGUCUUACUUCGACAGAGCCGUCGCCGCUUCUCCUGAUGACUGCAUGGUGCUGGGUUCUUACGCACACUUCAUGUGGGAAUCGGAGGAAGAUGAAGAACAAGAACAAGAAGAAAAGGAAAUGGGUGCUCAAGUUGGAGUUUCGCCAGCUAUGGUCGCAGCUUUUUAAUGCCCUCUCCUUCAUGGUAGACCUCAUAUGAAGACAUUGUAUGUAGGAUCAUGGAUUUUCAAUAGGAUUUGCGUGAUCGAAGAAGCAGAGAAAGUUGAGGCACAAAGAAAAUGAUGGAACCGAAAGAUACGAGAGUAUGGGAAAAAAUGCUUUUGAUUGACAUGGGAGUGAAAUAAAUCAUGGUACUGGACGUUAAUACUAACUUCAAUAACAAGAUAAUUAAGUAUCAGGCUGCUUCAGGGCUAUAGAAGUAUGUACUGGUUUUUUUGUUGAUUUUGAACCCUUUUUUUAUGUAAAUUAAUGUAAUAUGUUUCUAUUUUAAAAGUGCAGGUGUUUGAAUCGACAGCAAUUCGAUUCUUCAGUAUAUAAUGAAAUUCUUCAUCAUGCUAAAUAUGUUUAGCUCAACCUAAGUGAAAUCAUGUACUUAUCUUAGAUUAUUAGCCUGGAUUCUGAACAA